AUGACUGCUGAUUUUAACGGCGAUCUACGAGAUGAAAUUGUUCUUUUGCCUUCUUACUCCAAUAAAAUACUGAUAAUUUCACCACAUCGGGACGAAGAUUUUCAAAUACGAAUCGUGCCGCUGGAGGAUUCUGUGACACACUUACUCAUCGGCGAUUUUAACAAUGAUGAUUAUCUUGAUUUAGUCACAAUUGACUGUACCGAGCGUAUCCAUAUUCAUUUGGGAAAGAGCGACUAUACAUUUCAAUCGCCAAUUACUGCAACUUCGACCGAUUAUCAGACAGUAUUUAGGCAGUUAAAUAGCGGAGAUCUUAAUCAUGAUGGCUUUUUAGAUAUUGUUCUAGUUUUCGACACUUCUCCUAAGCUACGUGUAUUAUUAGGACAUGGUAAUGGAAGUUUCAGUCAACAAUAUGAUAUCGAUAUGCCUUCAGAACUGACAGCAAUAAUGUGGUCUAUCUAUAUCAAGGAUUGCAAUAACGAUAGUUAUCUGGAUAUAAUCGUUGCUUACGAGAACGGUCGCAGUAUAUAUGUAUAUUUUGGAAAUGACUCUGGCAUAUUUGAAAUGAAGAGAAUUUAUAAAUCAUUCGAUUAUGUUAUGGUACGGUCUUCGUUAAUAGUGGAUGAUCUUAAUAAUGAUGGCCAACUAGAUUUUCUUAUAUUCUAUAUGAAUUGCGACAGCAUUACGAUAAUAUAUAAGAUCGAUUACGAAAGAUUGGAUUUGGUGGUUGAGCACACAAUAGAUCUUGGUAUUACCGUGGAAGGUCCUUAUGUCAUUGCGACUGACCUAGAUGGAGAUCGAAAUAAGGAUAUUGUCGUACUCGCUGGCAGCGCAAAAAGUCUUUUCGUAUUUUUGGGUGAUGGCAAUGGAAACUUUAAAAGAAAAGCAAAUUUUACUAGUGAAGUUUUUACACAUUAUAUGAGUGAGUAUGUUUAUAUUGUUGUGAAUAAUUUCACUAGAUAUAAGCAGAAAGACAUUGUAUUUUACAACAUGAUCAAUCAAACGAUCGAUGCGGUUUUAACUGAAAAUCAAUGUUGA